AUGCACCUUGGCAGAUGCCAUGCAGGUCCCGCUCACAAGCACCACCGCAACACGACACAACACGACACAGGCGCGGACGAGCACAGUCUCCUCUCCAUAUAUCCCUCCCUCGAACGCCUUCAUUUUGCCAGUCUUGCUCCGGCUCCCACUCCGCCAUCCUCACAUAUCGACAUCUACUGUGACCUUCCAGAGACCGCACCUGCACCAAAGACGUUGAAGCAGCGCCGCAAGGAACGUCAAGCCAGACUUGCUUCCACCCAGCUUUCCGACCGCGUCAAGAGACGGUCCUCCCGCCGUGUCGGCUUUCGCGCUUCGACGAGCUCUUCCGUCUACGUACGGCUGCCGGACAAGAUUAGGAAGAGGCACUUCACCACCGAAGAGCAAAUAGUUGCUUCCCGAAAUCGGAGACACGACAUCAUCCUUGACCCGGCGGAUGAGGCCAUUUACAAAGUUCGAAGACGAGCCUCUAGCCUGAUUAUACAGGACGAGCUGUGGAGCCCGACUCUGUCAGUGAGACCUCAGACGAUGGAGUCCCGGCGGCCGAGCCACGACACGGGGAAGCAAAUGCCCCAGUCGGAGGACAAGAAGGCCCCUCAAAGUCAGAAGAAGCGGGACUCCUUCUACGACAGCUUCCGGUGGUUGGAAGAGGAUGACGACCUAGAUCUGCGCUUGUACCUCGAUGACUACCACGCCAACUUGAGAGAAGAUUUGCCGGCCAACUCGAAACAGCGCAGGCCGUCCUUUCGCAGGCACCUUUCCAUAUCCAAGAUACCUUUCGGCCGCAACUCACUCUCUACCAACCGGCCCGGCACGACACCCGCCGGGGCAAGCAAUCCUACCACUCCGCUGUUUUCGAGUUCCCCGGUCAGCCCUCUUACAGGCUCUCCAGGCCACGGCCGGCGAAGAUCGCGGGCUCUGUCGUUGAUUUCGCCAAAGCAUAGUCCUCAGGAUACAGUUGCUGCCUUUGACCCGGAGGCGGCCCACUACCAAGAUCCUGAGGCUCGCCUGAAACUGCGGUUAUACCUCGCCUCCCCUCAAAAGUUUGACGAAGCCAUCGAGUUUGGGUUUCCUUCAAAAGAAGCCAUGGCCAACAAGCCGGGCAAGGAUGUCAAACAACCCAAGCGCAGACAAUCCAAGGCGGCGCUGGUAGACGAGUCGGAAAACCUCGGCACUUUUCUCGCCGACGAUCGGUCGUCAAUCUUCAGCGACGACGGAUCCCUUGAUUCGGACUCUCCCAAGACACCCCAUACAGUGGAGAUGACAGCGCUUCGACCGCCGCCCAUCAAGAGUGAUCAGCUCCAGUCACCAAAACCGUCAACGGAAUACGCACGGAUGCCGGCAGAGGCGAGAGAAAUGACACUGCGCAUGACCCUCACUCGACCCGACCUCCGGGCCCACGAAGAUCAGAUGUACGGCUGGAAGCAUAAGCCGCUACCACCGAGGAAAUCUCAAUCCAACGGCGUACGAGAUGAAUUUCCGACGUCGACGUACGUCCGGGAUGCAUCCUCAAAGGAGAGCAUAGAACGUCAGUUCGCAGCCAUGGACCAGGAAAACGCUCAGGCCAACGACCGAGGCGUUAUGAAGCGUUUUUGGAAUAAGGUCCGGCGAGCACCGGCAUAG